AUGGGUGCGGAUAAGAAUGCAGAAAACCUUGUAAGUAGUAUUACAUAAAUUUAAUGAAUAAAAGUUUCAAAAAAUAUACAUUUAGAUUUGUUAUUAAUUUUAAACAUGCAUCUAUGCGUAUUUUAGUUAUAGUACAUGCUGGUAUACGCCACGUAUGGUAUUUUUAUGGAUAUAUAAAGAUCGUAAUUAAUUUCAGUUUUCUGUGUUUACUAAUGCGAAUUUGCCUGGUGUAAUAUUACAUAUUACCUACAAUUGUUAUUGGGUUGUUUUAUACAUAUUUAUAAUAUGUUGCGUGUGCCGGUAUAAAGCAUGAAACGCAACAAUAACAUAUGUAUAAUUUUAUUCAUACAUUAAUUAAAUAGUCAACAGGUUUCUUUUCCAAUCAGUUAUUUAUUGUUUCAGGUAAUAAAAAUCAAUAAAUGGGAUGGAUCUGCGGUGAAGAAUGCAUUAGAUGAUGCUGUUAAAGACGUACUUACAAAAAAAUACAAUUACAUAGAGAAUUUUUCUCUACUCGAUGGAAGAUUGGCUCUUUGCGGAAUUGCUGUAACAGUUGCAAUUGUUGCUCUCCUUUGUGAUUAUUUAUAUCCUUUCCCUGCAUCGAAACCUGUAUUAGUUGCUUGUGUUUCAUUAUAUUUUUUUUUAAUGGGACUUUUGACUUUGUAUACAACAUAUAAAGAAAAGGGUAUAUUUGUCGUAGCCAUUCAAAGAGAUCCAGCAGGCUUCAAUCCUGAUCUAAUUUGGGAAGCAAGCUCAUAUUUAAAAAGACAUGAUGACAAAUAUAAUCUUGUAUUGUCUGUUAGAAGUACAGCCACAGGAAAUGUCAAUGAAACUAGUGUUACAAAAUCUGUUGCAAAUUUUAUUGAUGUCAAUGGUGUUGUUAUACCAGAAUUAGUAGAGAAUGUUGUGACAAGUAUGCAUGAUAGCUUAACUAAUCAACGUAAAGAAAAGUAG